AUGAUUCUGUCAGCCCUUUUAACUUCAGUGGGGAUCAAUCUUGGGCUCUGUUUUCUCUUCUUCACUCUGUAUUCAAUACUGAGAAAACAGCCUGGCAACGCCACUGUGUACGGUCCACGGCUUAUCCAAGAAGGCAAAUCUCGGCGGUCUAAUGGAUUCAACCUCGACAGGCUCUUGCCUACAGCUGGUUGGGUCAAAAGAGCCUUGGAUCCUACAAACGACGAAAUCCUCUCUAAUCUUGGCUUAGAUGCUUUGGUCCUCACUCGUGUUUUUGUCUUGAGUAUAAGAGUGUUUAGCUUUGCUUCGGUGGUUGGCAUCUUCAUCCUUCUCCCAGUGAACUAUAUGGGUACCGAAUUCCAAGAGUUUUUCGACCUGCCAAACAAGUCUCUUGAUUCCUUCAGCAUUUAUAAUGUUAACGAUGGAUCAAACAAGUUGUGGAUUCACUUCUGUGCAAUAUACAUCUUCACAGCAGUUGUUUGCUCUCUACUUUACAAUGAGCACAAGUACAUUUCUUUGAGGCGAAUUGCUCAUCUUUAUGAAUCCAAGCCUCGGCCACAAGAAUUCACGGUUCUGGUUAGUGGCGUCCCUAUCGUGUCUGGAAACAGUAUUAGUGAAACAGUGGAGAGUUUCUUCAGGGAGUAUCAUUCUUCCACGUAUCUUUCUCACGUCGUGGUUCAUCGGACAGACAAGUUAAAGGUUCUCAUGAAUGAUGCUGAGAAGCUAUACAAGAAACUUACUCGAGUAAAAUCCGGAAGCAUAACUCGGCAAGACUCUAAGCGGGAUGGGUUCUUAGGGAUGUUUGGGAAGAGUGUUGAUGCGGUUGGUCAUUACCAAAAGAAGCUCGACAAGUUAGAAGACGACAUGAGAUUGAAACAGUCUUUAUUAGCCGGAGAGGAAGUCCCAGCGGCUUUCGUUUCCUUUAAGACAAGACACGGUGCUGCAAUAGCAUCAAACAUUCAGCAAGGAAUAGAUCCAACGCAGUGGCUAACUGAGACAGCCCCUGAGCCUCAAGAUGUUCACUGGCCGUUUUUCACCGCAUCGUUUGUGAGAAGAUGGAUCUCCAAUGUCGUCGUCUUCGUGGCUUUCGUAGCUCUGUUAAUCCUCUACAUUGUGCCUGUCGUAUUGGUUCAGGGUCUUGCUAAUCUUCACCAGCUGGAAACAUGGUUCCCUUUUCUGAAAAACAUUCUCAACAUGAAAUACGUGAGUCAAGUGAUUACGGGAUAUCUUCCGAGUCUGAUAUUCCAGCUAUUCCUUCUGAUAGUACCACCAAUCAUGAUUCUGCUUUCGUCAAUGCAAGGAUAUGUUUCUCAUAGCCAGAUUGAGAAAUCUGCAUGCAUCAAGCUUCUAGUCUUUACCAUAUGGAGCAGUUUCUUUGCAAAUGUACUGUCCGGAUCUGCUCUUUAUCGUGUUAAUGUCUUCCUUGAGCCUAAGAACAUUCCCCGUGUGCUUGCUGCAGCUGUGCCAGCACAGGCAUCGUUUUUCAUAUCGUAUGUUGUGACCACUGGAUGGACUGGUUUGUCAUCAGAGAUCAUCCGUUUGGUUCCUCUUCUCUGGAGUUUUGUGACGAAUCUUUUCUGCAACGAAGAUGACAAAGAAUUCGAGGUCCCUUCGACUCCUUUCUACGUAGAAAUCCCAAGGAUUCUGUUUUUUGGACUUCUCGGCACAACUUACUUCUUCCUCUCACCGUUGAUACUUCCCUUCAUAUUGGUCUACUACUGUCUUGGAUAUGUCAUCUACCGUAACCAGCUCCUAAACGUAUAUGCGGCUAAGUAUGAAACGGGUGGAAAGUUUUGGCCAAUAGUACACAGCUCCACUAUCUUCUCUUUGGUACUAAUGCACAUAAUUGCAGUCGGACUAUUCGGGCUUAAAGAGCUUCCGGUGGCAUCUUAUUUAACUAUUCCCCUCCCGAUUCUCACCCUCCUUUUCAGUAUUUACUGCCAAAGACGCUUCUUACCAAAUUUCAGAUCUUAUCCUACCGAGUGUUUGGUGAACAAAGACAAAGCGGACGCAAGAGAGCAGAACAUGUCCGAAUUCUUUUCGAAACUGGUUGUUGCUUACAGAGAUCCUGCGCUUUCAGCAUCACAGUACUCACGAGACAUCUCACCUUAA